AACACGUUUGUAUCUCUGACAGUUUUGUCAUGGAAUUUUAAAACUGAACAAUUCCUAUUUCGGAAGUAAUGGAUAGGUUUUUAAUUUAUGGGAAAUGCACUGAAUUCAUUCUAUACUGACAUUCUGAAAAAUUAAUAUUCUUUCUGUAUUUGUAUUUAGUUGAGUCGCUGUUAUGUAUAUCUAUAUCCUCAACACAUUAUACUCGUGUAUGGAGAUAUCGUACAGAAGAUUGUAUACUGAAAAGAUAACUUUGCGAAUUCCGUAUUUUAGUUUGUAGUGUUUUGCAAGUGUAAUAAGUCGCUAAAAAAUGUGUUUUUUUAUUUUUUUAUUACUCUCAAGUAAAAAGAAUUAAAAAUUAAAUUAUAUGACAUCAUAGGGAAAUCAACUAGUAAUGUUUAUAACAGUCUAGUAUGUUUACUAAGAAGUGAAAUGAAAUAAACAUCACGUGAUAAAAUUAUAUUACAAAUGAAAUGUUGGAUAUCAGUAGUCAAAAUCAUUGGUUUAUGAAUGCAAAACCUUUUCUUUCUGCAAGGUAAUAAUGAAAUAAUAUGUAUAAAUAAAAAAAAACUAACCAACACUUACAAGAAAAUAAGUUAAGUACUUGUACUAUUUAUUAUAGCAGAUAUUUAUUUGAAUUAAACCAAUAAAUUCAAGUCUCAGAAGUAGACAUUACAGGUAAAUUUUGAAAAGUAAAAAUGAUUAUUAAUUCUUCACAAAUUUUUCAUAAGUCAAGUAGCAACCAAUACUUGCAACUUUACACGUUUUAGCCUGUGUCGUCAGGUCUGUACAAGCGGUCCAGGACCCUCCAUAUAUCCAAGACUUCAAACGUUAAUUUCGAAACAUUUGCAAAUAAUUUGCAACAAUCUAAAUUGUCUCCGCAAGGUCUGGACUGGUCAGGCAUUUGGCUUAUUAGUACUGUCUCAACCUGCCUAAAGGGUGCUAAUCCUGUAAUCAGACACUGUCAAGUAAUUUCCAGUAAUUCGACUUUCACCGACAAUCUCUCCAUGCGUUCCUAGGUAAUCAGCACCGACCCAGAUGUUGUGCCUGACUCUGCAAGUGAGUGAGUGAGUGGUCUGGUCACAUGCGACCAUUAGCUGGCUGUAUGAGGCCUUGCCUAGGUAACAGGCUGUAUUACGUUCGUUCUCUGUGCUGUCAUAAACAAGUAACUUGCAUUACUAGAUCAUAAAAGUAAAAAGGGACAUCAUCUUAACAUUUCUGUACUGCCCGUUCGUUUCUCCUGUACGCUUGCUUAAAUUCAAUACGGAUAAGCAAAGUUACUAAUUACUAAUGUUUUAUUUCUAUUUCACAAAAACCUAAACUGUCGUUUUAUCUAAUUGUUUCAGAAAGGAUAUGCUCUAAGACUGGUGUAAUGUAGGAAUUAAAAAGUUAUUUUUAGCCUCUUUCAAACUCUCUCAAUGACGACUGGUCAAGUAGUUAGGUUCUUGAUAGUAUGAAAGUAUAUGAAAAGUGAAGGCCCCUUCACAAGAAAACGUCUCGGUAGCUUACAUAUUUUCAACCUGCCCGUAUCUCUAUAUUGUAUAUUCCCUUUCAAGGGAUUUUUUUACGAUACCCCUAAGCAUAAUAACCGUAGAAUUAAAGAGGAUAACAACUACAACAACAACACAGUCUACAGUUGUUUUGUCAAGGAAACCAGAUAAGUAUUUUAAAAAUAAUAUCGACAGCUCUCUGAGUUUGGAAUGCAAUAAGUCGAUGUGAUGUUUCCAAGGAUUAAGUUAUGCAUCGAUAUGAAGACUCGAAACAUUCACAAUAUUUCAUUCCCUUAUUGGAAUGUUAUUCAGCAGAAUUGCAUUCUCGGAUGAGAACCUGGGAGUUAGAAAUGAACAAGUUUGUUUCUGAUCGUAUUAAAUGGAAUUAUGAGAUGAGGCUUUUCAAAGUUAAAGAAAUUUUUUAUUCAAGUUUCGUAGCUAAAUCAGCAUGAACAUUAAGAUUGUAUCGUCAACAUAUUAGCAACAUCUGACAGAAGGAGAUCUUAAACAUAAUUAACAAAGAUAACUGGAGCAAUUAUUGAGCCAUGCAGGACACCUUACGUGACUGACAAGAGGGGAGACUAGUCUGUUCCAAAUGAGCGUGUAAUUUGGACACACUGAGGACGUCUACUAAGAAAAUGAACAUUCCAUUAUUCAGCAAUAUUGUAUUCUCAGAAAGGAAUUUGUAGUUAUAAAUGAACAAGUUUGUUUCCGAUCGUAUUAAAAAUAAGGAAUUAUGAAUUGAGGCUUUUUAAAGCUGAAGAGAUUUUUUAUUCGAGUUUCGUAGCUAAAUCGGCAUGAACAUUGACAUUGUAUCGUCAACAUAUUAGCAACAUCUGACAGGGGGGAGAUCUUUAACAUAAAUUACAAAGAUAAUUGGAGCAAUCUUUUAGCCUUGCAGGACACCUUUAGGCUUACAAGAGGGGAGCUUACAGUUCUAAAUGAGAAUAUAAUUUGGACACACUGAGGACGUCUACUAAGAAAAUAACCUGUCUCAGGGUUUGUAAUGUUCAUGACAGACAAACAAUCUGGAUUAUUUACAAAUUGCAACGUUUUAGUGGCCGUUAUCUCGAUCAGUUGUCAAUGUCCAGUUUGUAGUCCAGACUGCGCUCUGAGAUCCACUUUCCUUAUUACACAACAGCAGUAGUGUGCUUGCAACUUGCAGUUCAAUCUGUUCGUCAAACUGCUGUAGAACCAGCUGAUGUAGUUAGUGAAGUAAAAGCUGUUUUACCACUCAUCGUAAUCGGAUAAAUGCUUUUCAGUUUUACUGGGCUGCCGUUUCUAAUUUCUAAAUUUAACUCAAAUUCAUUUCUACUUUUACCAAGCCAAGGUUUAAAAUACUUAGUUUCCAUUACACUGCAUGGAUGUCAGUUCUUUUAGAGUUAUUUUGAGUUCUCAUAGUGACGUUUCCUGUUUUAAUCCAGGAAAUCAAAAUUAAGUUUAAACUGUCACAUGUAGUUGUAGUAUCAUAUUUUUGUGAAGUGUACGUUUAUGUAGCUUCAAAGAAACAGAUCACCUUUUAAUCAGUCUAGUUUACAACCAAACAAACCACUAAAAUUUGUUCAUUAAUCACUGAGUGAUAAUAUUUAUUCCCCUAUAUUAUUAUUUUAAUACUGUGAGAUUCCGUUCUUAUCUCGUUUAGAAGAAGAACUACUUUUUGUGAUUGUUGGUAACUCAAUGUGGCCUACCAUUCGUACAUUUACUUUUAUUAUAAUAAAACUCACACUCUAAUCUAUAAUUUCAUUACAUAUUUACCUUAGUAUCAGACUUAAAAUCUUUACUAUAGUUUUAUAAUAUUUAAUUACAAUUUAUAAUUUUAUUAUUUAGCAUAGUUAGUGUAGUUUAGUGUUAGUAAGUUGUUAAAAGUUCUUUUAUUAAUUUAUUGUGAAGGAUCAUUUACGUCUAAAUGUUAUUUUCUUGAGUUUGUAGCUGGAGGCAUACAGUAUGUAAUGAUAUAUUUUCAUAUCCCAUUAUGUAGUCAUGAAAAGAAACGUCAUAAAUUAAUAGUACGAGAUGGAAACAUAGCCAUACAAAAAUUCUAGACGUCAUAUAUUGUGUUAAAUUGUUUAUAUACAUUUUAUGAACUUUUAGUAAAGGAAGCCAAAAUGAUACGAUUGAAAAUGAGAAAAUUUUGAGAAUCGGGCGAAAUUAUUGUUUUGUAUUUAUUUUGUUAGUUGGAAGAAUUACCAUUUCAUUGUAGUGUUAAACGUAAAACAAUACAAUGAUGAAUUGAACUUGAAUUCAAUAAUUUACAACUUUAUAUUUCAAUAAACCUUCUCUAAAGCUUGUUGCCUUAUAAGAGAUUUUGUUGAAGAAAUAGUUAGGUGAGGUAUUGGGGUUGGGUAAAGAAUAAUUGAUUCUACACCAAUUACAAUACCUGUACACAGGGUUCCCAAAUAUCUUCUACGACCAUAGCAAAUGUUCCACUAGUAUAUUCACUCCACUCUGUCGUUCAUAGACCUCCUAUUUUUGCAGACUUGCGAAACUCCUUCACCCUCCUCCUCACCCCUUUACCCUUUGUUUAGGUACUCAAUACCCUGGCACAACCGCCGUUGUGAGGAAGGGUAUUCUGGAGGCAGCGGCCUCUUCAAAACCAAUUUGUGCGAGUACUUCACCCUUCAUUAUAAAUUAUGCCAAGCACAGAUCUUCCCGAUUCUUGUUGGAUUUAUAUUUUAGUAUUUCCGGAGAUAUUUUUAUGUAUUCAUAAUUAAAUACAGCAGUAACAGAUGAAAUUGGUCCAUUAUCUUAAUAAACAUGUAGUGGUUAAAUAACUUUACCAUUUAUAGUCGGCAAGAAACGCACCGCCAUUUUCAACUUUUCUUAUUUCGCCCAGAAAUAACUAAUAGUUUUAAUUGUUUAAAAUUAAUUUAAUUAUUUUAUGUAAUUACUUGUGACUCUAUAGAUUGUAAACUCAAAAUGUCUUGUUUAACCCUACUCGUGCAACAAUUAGGCCUAAUAUUUUCUUUAUAUAUAAUAUUUACGAAUGAAAUAAAUAGAGGUAUUUUUUGCAGUUGUAAAUCCCGAGGAAAUAAGUAAUUAUAUUAAAUAAAAACACUUUAGUUAAUUAAUUACCAACAUUUGAAAUGGAAAUUGUUAAAACCUGAGUUGUAUGAAAAUUUUACUUUCAGAAACAAAACAGAGCUACCGGUACUGAAUUAGUUAUUUAGGUAUAUUUUUACACUCAAAAUUAAAAUAAUUAGGCCAACUAAAAACAAUUUUUUAAAUGUACGCGUAAGUCAUAUUUAAAAUAGCCCGUCUGGUAUCUAUAUUGGAUUUCAAACAAAUCUCAUUUUAUAAUAUCCAGAAUUAAAAUCUUUUAUUAAUUGUUUUUAUCUCCACAUGUGUCAAGCAAGUUCUGUCUUUUUCAAAAUGUUUGCUAAAGAUAAAAUUCAUGAUUAUAAUAUUAUUAUUAGAUAAAAUAACAAUGCUGUAUUGCCUUAUCAUCUACACCAAGAUAGAAACUUGCUAAGUCAUCAUGUUCGGCCCAACACAGUGACAUCGGAUCGACGAGAGAAGUCUUGCAGAUUGGAUAAAUACAGAGGGCUAACUAUCGCUUCCCACACAUGGCCGUUGGUCCCGGCCGCUGCCUACGUCACGUGGAAGUUGUAGGAGCUGUCAGACAAUUCGCUGGUUUUGUCAACAAAUUAAUGAACCAGAACACUCGAAACUGAAAUCUCUGAAAAGGAUCCUAAAAUCCGAAAAUAUAACUGGUAAGGUUCGAACUUGAGUGGUGUGUUGAGAUGUGAGUGUAAUAAAUUAGUGAAAUUAGCUGAACUGGUGCUAAAUAUAGGAACAAGGCUACAAAUAGUAACUUCACUUAUUCUUUGCUCAUAGAAACUAUGUUGAAAACUGCGUAUGUCGCUUGUGUACAUGAAGGACAGAGAUCAGAUUUUGAGAAUGCCUAGGGUGCGUCGGAAUGAGUCUUCUUCAUCACCUGUGCCACAUAGCCAGAUUACAGCAGCAUGUAUCUUUAUAGCUCGUAUUUUAGGUGAAGAUGUACGACUUCCCUAGUUGCACAUUCAACGGUGUGCAAGAAGGAUAUGGCAAACAAAUAAACUAAUAGCGAAACUACACUUCAUAUUCCAAUUAUUCAUCCAUAUUCACUUUAAAAUACUUGUGUUUUUCGGUGAUUCAAGUAAGUAAUUUUUGGUUGAUUGCUAAUCUGGCGGAAAAUAGAAGUUUUAAAAUGAUAUCCGUAAUUUUCAGCUUACUAUUUCCUUUCCUGGGGAUGCUAUUUACCUUAUAGACUAACAUACUGGUGGCUAAAGAUCAGAUAAGACGGUUUGGUCUAAUAAUCUUAACCGUAGCCUAGGGGCAAGAGUGUGUAUUUCUAACAGAGUAGUCACGGUUUUUAAUCAACAAAAGUAUUCAAAUUAAUUUGGACGUCGUUAUCACUUUAAAACGUUUAGUAAGAUCAAUUAUAAUGAAACUGGCUUUGCAAGAACCUUAUAAACUGUCUCUGACAAUAAGCCAAUUCAACCUGUAAAAUGGGUAUGCUGUAAAGUGAGCCUGGACCUGUAAUAGUUAAUUAUUCAUUUCUCGGUAGUAUAAACAUGUGAUUAGGCUGGCUAUACAUCAAUUCAGUUGUUUAUUGAUCACUAAACGACUUUUGGCACUGUCGAACAAUGGACCGCAGCGUCCCUAGUCGAGGUGCCCCAGGACUUGUUUGUGGGACAAGUCCUUGAGUCCUCUUACACCAAGACUGUAUUGUGUUGUUGAUUGGUGAACUUAGAAUCGAGCGUAGCGAGCUUGAUGGGGUCACAGUUGGAGAGGAGGGAGGGGCGGCAGUUGUGUGCUCUUGCGAAACUUCGGAAAUUAAUUAACAGAGGGGUAAAAGAGAAUAGAAGGAUUUUGUUUUUCUGCCUUUAUUAAGCUUUGAGUUAGAUUCACCUUAGAUAUUUUUCCUUCUAAGGAACAUUCUUUACCAUUUCUCAAUUGAGGAUCUAAUUUGAAAUUCUUAUCCUCAAUAUUAAAUUUCACACUAUUACACAGUAGGAAACACGCUGAGUUGUCCAAUUCAAAAUUCUUUGGUAAAAUAAAUGUAAUUAUUCUUUGUCACUGUUUACCAAAUAUAUAUUGUUGUAACUUUUUCGUCAAUAACGAAGUACAAACGUUUUAUAAUUGUUAGGUUUUUGAUGUAUACAUGCUUGCAUAAUUAUCUCAUUUACAAUAAAACGGUGUUUUCCUUCUUUUAACGCUUGUAAAUUUUAUUAUUUUAUGAAAUAAGUAACUUUUAUAAGUAGGCCUAUGCACCUUUUUAAGUGAUAGUAAUAAUGUCUAAAUGGUGUAUAAUGUGAGUGAUCACCAUAAAAACUGUAGAUAUGGGAAAGUAAUUAAGACAUUUAUCGUAUUUUCUAUCGGCGAAGGAAGAUAGUGCCUGUACGGAGUGACGUGAUUGUUUUGCUAUCAACGACAAUCUCCAGUAAUCUCCUCAGAAAAGGAUCAGACCAACAGGUUCGCUACCACAUCCUGUUCUAGCAGACUCGUACAUAACUGCUCCAGUCCCCCCUGCCACUCGGAAGGCUGAGAAAGUAUAUUAGUCGCAUGUACAUCUUAUGAGAAAGACUUUGUAGCAAUGCACUUAAUUAAUACGAAAGACUUGUUUUUACAACACUCUGGAGGAAAACCGGGGAAAUUGAUCAAUUCUAUUACGUUAUCUAAGAACGUGGCUAUUUCUUAAUAUUUGCUAUUUUUUCUUGUGAUAAGAGCAGUAACAUGACAUAAUUAAUACUAUUAGUAUAAAAACAGGGUCAUCGUGGGCAAAUUUCUUUUAAACUGAAUGGAAGAAGGAAUGUAGUUUAAUCCAGCAAUUUUACAAGUAAUGUGUGAAACAGUAUCCCUAAUUGUAACUCAAAGGACGAUAGUGGAAUAUAUUGUAAUUAUAUUCUAAGCACUCCUGAGAUAAUCAUGGACAAAUAUUCCAUUCAUAUAAUUCGUUUUAGAUUUAAGUUGAAAAGCUAAGGAGAAAUCUAUAGCUCUGAUUUACCACAUCAAAGAAGAUAGUAGUAGAUCAAAGUUAACCAGAACCCGCUAGUGUUUGGGACCCUCAAGUGGGAAGUCAAACGUUUUAUAAAUAGGCUACCAUUAAAACUUGAAUUUAUUUCCAAUGAUUGUAUAAAUAAUAGGGCUCUUUUGUCAUUUUGAAACGGAAGUUGAUUUGAUUUCAUGCCCCGAUCAAGAAUAUAUACACGUAAGCAAUUCUUAGAAGCCUUUUUCGGCCAAAAAGAAUGUAUACAUAUAGCCAUUGUAGUUUAUUCCGUUCUAAGGAAAUAUCUGGUGUCAUAGUUUGAGUUUGUCUAAAAUGUCUACUUCAGUCCAAAAACAACUAAGAUGUGUUAUAUAAUAAUAUUAAAAUCUAUAAAAGAUUUAGGUAAUUACUGUGUCUUUGUCAUCCACAUUAUACUAAUGAUCUAGCAAUGCAUACUUAAUAUUUGGCAAAAUUUACAGUUAAAUGUAUAUUUGUACUAAAACUUCCUUUUUAUUGUCUGAAUAAUCUCUCAUCAGCGAAUGCAUAGAAGGUUAAGACAAGAAGUGUUGAUACUUUAAUCUUACUCUAUACUUUCAAUUCCAUAUACUUUCAAGACAUUUAAGAUGGUACUUAAAUUAAUUAAAGGUAUGAUUGUAUUGUCAUAUUAUAAUGUUUACAAACAUUAAAUAUUUGCUGAUUAAGCCAAAUAGGGAAUUGUCAAGACCAGUGGGACAUAGCCCGGCGGGAUUUUCGAAAUAGGAGUAGGUUUAUUUGGUCCAGAGACCCUAAGAAUGCCUCUGUAAAAUUUCAAUACAAUCGGUCCAGUUGUUUUUACGUGAUUGAGACAUAAACACAGACAGCAUCCGAUUCAAUUUUUAUAUAAUAGUAUAAUAGAUUUAGAACUAAUGUUAGGAUUUAAAUAGUAUUAUUUGUUUUAAAUGUAUAUUUAGUAUUUGUUUUGCUAACAUUAGUUACCAAGAAGUAACUUUUAAGAUUUUACUCAUUGUAGGCCAAUCCAUAAACAAUCCAGAAAGACAUAAUAUUGCAAUCUAUUUCAUUUAUGUCUAAUUAGAGCUUACGAACAUCACAUAUAUUACAAGUAUAACACCAUUACUAAUACAUAUGGCUGCCAAGAACUCAGUGACGAGACCACAUGAUUUUUCACAAUACCCAAAAUUAAGGCCUAAAAUAUGCAGGAAGAAUGUGUAUCUACCAUCCAGAUACUGUAGAGAUCAGUGGUUCAAGGUCGUAAAUUUUACAUAACAAAAUCAUCGGGUGUAAGUUUCUAUUCCGUAAAUAAUGAUAAAUAAUUUUUUUAAAUGCACGAUUUGGGACUCGCAGAUUUGUGAUGAUAGAAGAUGACCCAAGUGCCGACAACUAGCGACAGCCCAAGCAGGAAGAUCCAACCCCAGGCCGGUGACCUGUAAGCUGGCGUGAGAGGGCAUCCAUGAAUCUGAUUGAUCAACAAAGAGGAGCACUUCCUCCAAGGCCUUUGUGAAGGAACAACGUGUUGUAUUCAGCCAGUAGCCAUCAUCAGCGACAAUUCUCUUACAAUUAGACUCGGGGCUUCCAUACAAAACAAUGAAAAGGAUCAACAAAAUUAACCUAACUCGCUCGACCUCGCUAACAAAGUAUGGAAUGCCUUUAAUUUUACUUGCUUUUGAUCAUUUCCUCUCAUUUCAUUCAAAUUCUUAUCAGUAUCGUCUCGCAAUGAAAUCGGCCUAAUUGAACAUCGUAACUCCAGCAUUAAUAAAGUGAUAUGGAUUAUUUAAAAUUGUCUUUGGAUUCUUACAUGAUUGGAUUAGAUGUACAAGAGUAUUUAUUAAAUGUUAAAUUAUAUGUGAGUAAUACUAUUAUACUCAGUGUAAAUUAAUAGUGGCUACUGAUAUAUAUUUUCUAUGAUCACAAAGAAAAGCCCAUGUCUUCAAAAUAAUGUCUUUGAUAUUCUUUAUGAUUUUGACACGUUUUUAUUCUACUUAAAAUAAUAAGACAUCUCAUUUCUGCGAGUAACAUUAUGUUGGUAUUGUUGUAAUAUUCUGCAAGAAGAUAGGUCUCCAGUGCUAAAAGCUGUUGCCGUUCUGAAAUAUUCUGGCUGCGUGCUAUUUAGAGACAAAGAACAGAAACAGCAAUUUAACAAAAACACAUUACACUGUAAUAUUGAUUAUUUUGACUGGAUAAACAAUAACAACAAGACGUGAAAUCUACGAGUAUAUUAAAAAGUAAAUCAUAACCCCUAGAACCGUCUUUUACAGAGAUAAGUAACGCGUCGUCUUCAUAUCGUAAACGAUAACCUGGCGGUCUUCUCAAAGCUUUAUCAUGAACUUAUAUCAUUUUUCAUGAAAAUAAUAUUGGAAAGAAAUUUGAGUUAUUUCAUGGUAUUUAUACACUGUUUCACUCUCCGACUUGGGAGCCCCAAAACACUGGCGAGUUUCUGGAUAACUUGGAUCUAAUAUCCUCUUUGCUGUGGUAAAUCAGAGCUAUAAAUUUCUCCUCGGAAGACAAUUGACCUUUUUGGGAUUGCUGCCUCUCAAGGCGUAGUGCUGCAAGUUAUAAUAACAAUAAUAAUAUGCAUUAUUGCUUGAAGCAAUUACAGUAUUUGUAUGGAAUGCGUCAACGUAACUAAUAAAAUAAAACACUACAUCAGAUAAAUGAUGUUUAGGUAUCAAGAUACCAAAAUACAAUGCAAUACAAUACGUGUAUGUAUCAGAACCGGGGGUUUCGUGGUUGCUGUUAAUUUCAAAUAUGUUCAUCCCAGCGGCCUAUUAUGAACUCAUCAGUCGAGUAAAACGCCUUUGACACAAGAAAGUGCUUUAGUCGAGUUUUGAAUUGUUUUGUUUCAUUUAGUUGUUUGAAGUUAAUCUACCUAUUCGACUGCAGAAGUAAGAAAAAUCUGAGGUGAAGUAUUCUCAACUGAGCAGACCAUACGUAGAUGGGAGGGGAUGUCAUUCGAAUUUCAAAAAGUGCUGAAAUUGACUAUAUAUAAUUAGAUGUAAUGUUAUGAACAACAUAAAACGAUUUGCCCUUGUUUUCAAUACCGCUAAGCAUCAGUGAACCUUAUAGUUAAUCCCUAAAUAUCAGUCACUUUAGACGGUAAACACAAAUUGUAAGGCACGCAUAUUUUAUUUUAUUGUAUGACAAAGUUAUUUUUCUUAUGAUAAUUCUUAAUCCAUUCCUCUCAACAAACAUUUAACAUUUUAACCUCUCGUGUCGAAAAUAAAAAUACCAGUAUAAAAUUUAUGGGAGGAACAAGAAGUCUUACCAGAGCUGCUGCAGGUUCUACAUGAAUCAAUGUAAAUUAGGUUAAAUAGAUAACGAUUACUUGUUGAAUUUACUUCUGGCUGGCAUAUGGAUGUUCAGGAGCGGUAUAUCACUCGAAAUAUUGUGCUGAUGGCCUAUCGACCUUGAUCUUUACUGAGGAGGACGCUAGUUGGAGUAGUGGGAUUUUCUUAGAGUUAAAGGCUUCAGAAAGUGUAAAAUGUAAGGCACAGAUGCAUUCUCUUUUCGCGUUAACUGGAAUAGAGCAGGCCUUCCCUUCUUUCAAGGUAUGGCUGAGAUAACAGCUAGUAUCUUCCUGCGGUAACUCUACCAUGGGAUCUCGGCAGGAGGUUUCCCCAACAUCCAACCCUUACUAAUCCUGACUAUAUCCCGUCAUCCAGAAAGCCAAGCAGAAAUCUUCCAGUUUUAAGUUAAGAAGAGUAUCUCCGCUACCUGCCCAAGAGAGCAAAUAAAGUACGUGAUUAAAUUGAAAGGCUAUAACUAGACAUCUAGAUGUAGUUAUAUAUUACACUUUCGUCUCUCACAGCCUCCUUCUUAAAUAAGUAAUUUCAUAAAUCGUUUUUUACUAACCAAUUUUCGUGAGAACCUAUCAUUGUCAUUUUAGAAGCAAGAACUUAUUGACACCUUGUGCUAGCCAUGGCUGCGAACAAGAGAUCAACUAUUUUGCGGGUCUCGCUACGACUCUUUUACUUUAAACGCGUUUCAUUCUUUUUAUUCCUUUUAAUAUUUUUAUUAUCUUGACAUAACAAUAAAUGUCUAUAAAAACCAAAGGAUUUGAACUGUGUCUUCUGUGCUUGGUGUCAUGAAAGAAUUGUAAGUAUUUAGAAAGGUUGGAGUUUUAUUAAAUCAAUACUAAUAAAUAUAAUUCCUGAUUAACUUACAACCUUCGUAAUCUUUCUUCAAUUGUAUAUCUCGCAAAUAUCCUGAGAACUUAUAAUUAUUUAAAGUAUAAUCUUACAACAGCAAUUUUAAUGAAAAGCGAAAAUACUUUCUCUAAACAUUUAUUUGAAAUUCAGACGGAUAUUGCAUCGUUAUAAUAAUAGUAGUUUUCCCAUCCAAGUGCCUAGCGUGCGUAAAUAUUGCAAUGGUACUACAACGAGUCAGCUGAGACGAUGACAAUAAUCAGCUGUUCCGGUGGAUGCGCCUUUGGAAUGGAUGAGCGGGUGGCCAGUAAAAGUGACACUGAAUGAAAGCCGAGGGUAGGUGGGUCCGUGUUCUCGUUGUGCAACUGUUCAGUAGAGUGAUCACAGAGUUUAUAAGAACCGGUAGGACGUCGCCAUAGUUUCACUCACUCAUGUGAAGUGCGUGUGUGUGUUGUACUCCAGUAUGUAUACAGUGCUCUAGUGUCUGUGCUACGUUCCGGAGAGUGAAAACUACGCGACCCCUUGGAUUUUGUUAUUUUUGAUUUUCAUAUCCAUUUCUGGAAAUGUGAACCGAAAUAUUUGUUGGAUAUGGUAUACUCAUGAUAUUAUAAAGUUUGACAGACUAAAGUGAUUUUGAGUGACUUCAUUGUGUGUUUAAGCAUUAAAUGAUGGCUUUAUUACUCAAUUGUAGAAUCAAUCCAAAACUAGUAAAUUUUUUACUCUUGAUUCUACUUCUGCAUUCAACCUGCAGUAGGUGUGAGAAUGAAAGUGACAGUGAAAACUACAGAGAUAAACGUACUAUUGGGGUUUUAUUCAGAAGUUUUGUAGAUGUCCUUCAGCCACAAAAACAGCAAGCUCCAAUGGUUUAUUCGUACCGGCCACAGAAACAAACCAGUCCCCAGCAGUCAACCAAAGCAGAUCUCCUAGCAUCCUCUAAAAACUUACUGCAGCAAAAGAAAAACCUGUUCAAAUCCUCCUCAGCUCAACCUCCAGAUACAGAAGUCAUCCGACCGACAGUAACUCCUACAACAACGAACACUCCAUCUACAGAACCUGUUCCACAAGUUGCUCCCAACAAUCAAGCUCAAGUCCAACCACCACCUAACCCUCUCCCUACAGCACCCUUGAAUCCAUUUCCAAAUCUGAUCCCACCCUCAGGUCAUCAUCCCUUGACACCACUUAAGGCACAAAUCCUUAUAAUACCAUUUCAAGGGCAACAUGACCCCACUGCUGCAUUCUCCAGUCUUGGAUCAGUUCCUAGACCUCCAAGUGGGAUUUCUCCAUUCAAUUACCAGGCAGAGAUCUACCUCCAUCCUCCUGGGGGAGGGAUAUAUCCCCCAGUAAACCAAUACCCCACUCAAUAUCAAUACUCCCCUGCCAAUGGUUGGCAUGAUAUAGACGAGAUUCUGUCUUCGGGUGUUCAGAUGAUCAGAAAAGAUUCAAAAAAUGCAGGAGUCGUGGAUUUAACUAAUUCUGGUGAAGUAGCAAGUGAUAGUCAAGCUAAUUCAGAAACUCCAGCACCAUCAGUUCCAACAACUUCAGUCCCUGAACCUAAAAGCGAUGGGAGUCAUCAGAACGAUGUAGAGGGACAUCGAAGGGACAGUCUCAACCAGAACUACUAUGAUGAACAAAGAGAUUACCUGACACACUCAUUGCUUUUACCAAACUUCCAUCAAGAUCCACUCCUGGAUGCUGCUCAUUUUGGGAAUUUUCAUUUUCAAGAAAGGACUCCUUUAUUCCCUCAUUUCCCUCUAGAAAAUUAUAAACAAAGUUAUUAUCCGCUUGAAGUACCUAAAGUGCAAAAUAAUGAUCAAUACAGCUUGAGUGUUGAAAGUCAUCAGCAAAGCCAAGGAAAUGGUGAAGCACUGACACCACCCCAUGACGGACCAGGGAAUGUACAGUUUGUUCAUGAUUUCAUACCACAAAGACAACUUGAUCUGAAAGACAAUAGACAGACUCAGCAAUAUGAACAAGAAGGAAAUAAUCAAAACAAUAUCUACUACCAACAACAAGAUUCUUAUCACCCAUAUCAACAAGAGCAGCUGCCACAACACAACUACAUCAUCCACCAUCAAUAUCCUACCAAAAUUGGAAGGCUUCCAGACCCUUACGAAUACCAAAAUCAACAUCAGUCCACUGCCCAAAACCAACAGAAAUCACCAAUUUACAACAAUGAAUACAUUGCUCAAAACCCAAAUACAACCUACCGCAAAAGAUCUAACACCAAUUAAAACAUCUAUGGUACCAAAAAUGUAAAAGAAAGUGUAAAUUAAAUUACAGUACUUAAUGUUUUUACAA